AUCAGUGGUUUUUGGACACUUUUCAUCUUCUCUUUCCAUAAUGAUGGGGUUUAACGGAGAUGUAGCAGAAUCAUCAAGGCGGGUUCAGGUCCGCUUUGUGUCGAAGCUCAAGCCGCCUAUGAGAGUUCCGCCAUCUUCUAUUGCAAUCCCCUCCAACCUCACCAGGAUGGGCCUAUCUGCUGUUGUCAAUAAUCUUAUCAAAGCUGAAAGUUCUGAUUGGGAACCUCAACCUUUUGAUUUUCUCAUUGAUGGUGAGCUGGUUCGGAUGCCACUUGAACAGUUUCUCCUUGCCAAGGGCAUUUCUGCGGAGAAGAUUCUUGAAAUUGAAUACAUAAGGGUUGUGGCACCACGAAAGCAGGAGGAACCAUGUUUACAUGAUGAUUGGGUCAGUGCAGUUGAUGGUUCUAAUCCUAGGUUCAUAUUAACUGGGUGCUAUGACAGUUUUGCAAGGGUAUGGAAAGCUGGUCGGUCGUGUACACAUAUAUUAGAGGGACAUGGUGAUCCAGUUACUUCUGUAACUAUUGUCAAUCAAAAAGUUACUGAGGAUGUUACCAACAUAUGUGUAGCCACAGCUUCAAAAGAUCGGACAUUAAGGUUGUGGAAGUUUGAUGUAGAUGAGGUCCUCGAUCAUCCUACGAAGGUUAGAGCCUUUAAAAUCCUCAAUGGGCACAAAUCGUCUGUACAAACUGUUGCGGCUCAGACGUCUGGAGAUAUGGUAUGUUCUGGUUCUUGGGAUUGUACUAUCAAUUUAUGGCAGACAGAUGAGUCUGAUGCAGAAAGUGAUCUAGUUUCAAUAAAAAAGAGAAAAGUGGGAAGCAAGAGAGAAGAAUUGCAGUCAGAGGGGGAGGCUGUAUCCACACUUGUGGGACAUACACAAUGUGUAUCUUCUGUUGUCUGGCCAGAACGGGAAACUAUAUAUUCUGCGUCAUGGGAUCAUUCUGUUAGAAAGUGGGAUUUUGAAACAGGCAAAUCCUCGAACAUUUUCUGUGGGAAAGCCCUCAACUGCCUUGAUGUUGGAGGUGAAAGUUCUGCACUUAUUGCUGCUGGUGGUUCCGACCCUGUCCUUAGGAUAUGGGAUCCUCGAAAACCAGGAAGUUCUGCUCCCAUCUUUCAGUUCUCAUCUCACUCCUCUUGGAUCACGGCUUGCAAGUGGCACAAAAGAUCAUGGUUUCAUUUGGUUUCUGCGUCUUAUGAUGGGAAGUUGAUGUUAUGGGAUUUAAGAACUGCGUGGCCGCUGACAGUACUAAACUCACAUAAUGACAAGGUGCUUUGUGCUGACUGGUGGAAAGGUGAUAGUGUAGUCAGCGGUGGAGCAGACUCCGAACUUUGCAUUUCUUCUGAAAUUCCUUUUGAGUGAG